AUGUCGGAUGAUGACGACUACUACGACGAUGUCUUCGAUGGAGAUUGGCUAUGGAUAGAAUAUGGUGAAAGGGAGCUUGUGGAUGAUCUUGCAGAAGGCACCGUGCAUUCACCAGUUUAUUACAUGGAUCAUGGACCUCACGACGCAAUUGACAGUGACUCUGAUUGGGAAUAUUAUACAGAUGAGUACUUCGACGAUGACCUGUCCGUAAUGCAUAAGCAGAACAUCUUACCUCCUGGCACAUCCAAAGCGAGGAAGCGGAAGCAGCAGGUGAAAAAGCAGCCAAGUCCUCCAGCAACUCCAAAAACAAAGGAAACGAUGACAGCUGAUGGAACUGAUGAUGGCAAGGACACUAAUAACCCAAACUCGUACUGCAAGAUCAUAUAUCGCUCCUCUUUCAUCCAGCUAGCUGACCAAGCCGAGCUUUACAAACCAGGCACAGGUGAAAAAGUAGCCUUGCUUAAGAAUUGGAGGGAGAUAUUUAAAGAUUCUCAGCCUAAAAGAGAUUAUAGGCUUCAGAAAGCAGCCUCUCGUCUCUCGCCAACGGCGUCGUUUGCGAAAUCUAAAUCUGGACGGAAGCGAGGGCAUCGGAGGAACACGGAAAGUGGGAAUGUGGAUGACAAGGGUUUUAGAAAUGUUGAGGGCGAUGGAGAUAGCGAUGUUGAUGUUGAUAUUGAUGAGGAACCGGUAUUUGAUGGCGAACAGGAUAUUGAAGAGGGAUCGGAGCUUGGAUCGGGAUCGGGAGAUGAUGAAAGUAUAGAUGAACGUGGCAGUGAGGAAAGACUUACACCGCCACCGUCCUUCCUAUCCGCAUCCCAGCAAGUUAUUUACGAGGAAUCAAGAGCAAAACCGACUCAGCCAUCCCGCCAUAAUAGUAGCAACAACAAUGGCGACAAAAGCCAUCUUGACCGCCGGGGAUCGUAUCUCAAAUCCGUAAUGUCAGCCGUAACAGAGAACGAUGGUCCAGAAUCAUCGAUACCCGGUUUCAGCUGCCGUUCCACACAUUCAAGUCCUCAGAAUGAGCAAGGAUAUGAAGGAGAAGAGCUCGAAGAACCCGACAGUUUGAUUCAAGAUGGCUAUGAAGCUGACAUCGGCGAUAUUAACAAUACCCACGGCUUUGAACAGGGACAUUCUCCUACCCCUUUGCAACACCUGAAACGAAAGGCCUCAAGCCCUCUCCCUAGUGCGGAUGGAAGUGUGGAUGGGAAGGAGAGGUCGAAACGAGCUGCGACUGCGGAAAAGCUGGAUGGCGAUGGCAGUUACAAUAAGAAGGAGAAUGCGAGGAUGGGUGUGGGUAAGAAAAUAGCUAAAGAUGCUCAGGUUCAACCUGCGACGGGAACUGCGCGACGGUCUUUGAGGGAGAGGAAGUAG